ACGGAUCUGGUCAAUACCAUUGGUGAAAGUGCAGCUUUGGGAGCAGCUGGAGUUGUUCUCUGGGGCAGUAUGCAAUAUGCCAGCUCAAAGGAGAGCUGUUCAACCGUGAAGCAGUACAUUGAUGGACCCUUAGGACAUUACGUCAUUAAUGUGACCUCAGCAGCCAAACUCUGUAGCAAAGUCCUGUGCAAGAAGAAUGGAAGAUGUAUCCGCAAAAACAGCGACUCUUCUGCUUACCUCCAUUUGUCACCCACUGAUUUUAAGAUCCGAGCCCGUCACUCAGGGAAGGGCCCCAGGUUCCAGGUGACUGGUGAACCCAGCCUGGAGAGUAUUGAAGCCAUGAGGCAGAGAUUUGUGUGUCAGUGUUACCAGGGCUGGACCGGAAUAUUUUGUGAAUUGCCUGACCAAAGGCUAAUGGAGCGCUGGGCUCACGUUGUGUUCAGUAGAUCAAGAAGACAAAAGCUUUAUGUCUUCCUCUUAGGAGCCAUACAGCUUCUUCUGCUUCAUACUGCUCACUGA